GAUCACCUUAUCCCAAAAUGUUCGAUUCUCAUCUACCCUCUCGUUGUCAGAUUCUAUUAAGCCAUUUCAUCUCUAUCCAUUUACUCCACAGAGAAAGAUUCAGAGAAAACAGAAGAAACUAUGGCAACUCAAGCCGCCGGAAUCUUCAGCCCCGCCAUAACAACCACUACUUCCGCCGUCAAGAAACUCCACCUCUUCUCAUCAAGCCACCGUCCCAAGUCUCUCUCCUUCACCAAAACCGCCAUCCGCGCCGAGAAAACAGAGUCCUCCUCUGCUGCCCCAGCCGUGAAAGAAGCUCCAGUUGGAUUCACUCCCCCGCAGCUAGACCCAAACACACCAUCACCAAUCUUCGCCGGAAGCACAGGAGGUCUCCUCCGUAAAGCACAAGUAGAGGAAUUUUACGUGAUCACAUGGAACUCACCGAAAGAACAAAUCUUUGAGAUGCCAACAGGAGGAGCUGCGAUAAUGAGAGAAGGACCGAAUCUAUUGAAACUGGCGAGGAAAGAACAGUGUUUGGCUUUAGGUACGAGGUUGAGGUCAAAGUACAAGAUCACUUACCAGUUUUACAGAGUGUUCCCUAACGGAGAGGUUCAAUAUCUUCACCCGAAAGAUGGAGUUUAUCCAGAGAAAGCGAAUCCAGGAAGAGAAGGUGUUGGACUAAACAUGAGAUCCAUCGGUAAAAAUGUUAGUCCCAUUGAGGUUAAAUUCACUGGGAAACAAUCUUAUGAUUUGUAAGAUUUUAAUUCGUAUUUUAUAUAAUAAUGCUAGACAAACAAAACAAAUUUAAAAAGGGAUCACACUACAUGUAAAAUCUUGCGGAUGUUAUAACAACUCUUUGAACUUUUCAAGCAGCUUUGUUUUGGUUUUGUCGAUCGAGUGAUACCAUAUCAUGUGGUAAGUGAAAUUCUCUAGUUUGAGAAAGACAAAAAAAAAGUCCAUUACUUGGGACAGGGUUU